UACCGUAUGGAACCACUGUUUAAGCCCCUGUUACUCUUGUUGACAAGGGCGCUUUAAGGCACAAACACGCUCGCACGCUCAACGCCCUGCGACGCGACCGCAUCCGCUCAGUUCUCCACCAUCGCCACUGCUCUUCGAGCGCCUGCAGAGAGCUCGCCUUUCCUUGUUGCGACAUUUAGAUAUAGUUGGGCCAACGUGAAUACUUAAUUGCAGAUCAUGGACUUCGAAGCCAGCCUCCCCUCUUCCUGGUGUGUCCAUGUGCUUCUCAUCUUGAUUCGUCUGCCAAGCAUGGAAUCUUCGUCUGCAGCCUUUCUGACCCCUCAGCAUAUUACCAAAACGUCCAUUCCUUUGUCGUCUUCAAAGAGCAUAGGUAUCGACUUGGGGGAGAAUUGCUGGAAACACCUAAAGACCCACUCUGUAGACGUGAAAUCGGAGACUCUAAGAUAUCAUGCUGAAAAGUGCUUGGAAUACUGUGGCGACGAUCUGCAUCUCAAAUCAGUAUUCAACAACUGGUUAAGGCUGUCAGACAAUAGUGAGUCUGCUGUUCAAUGUCUUCUGAAAGUUUCGGAACUACAAGGCAAAGUUUUAAAAGAUACAUUCUGGUUAACAUCAAACGGGGAUUUAUUAGUAUACAUAGGGGAUUCCUCCGAUAUCGUUAUCACUUGGGAUUUUCUUCCAUGGUGCCAAAAGUCAUUAGAAAUCCUGUUCCAGUGGAUAGGCAUAAUCCUGCUCUUGGUGGUGAUAUCAGGAAACCUUCUUGUUUUGGCAACGAUGGUUUGCAACAUGAGUAGGCAAGAUCCAAGAUGGAUAGUAAGGGCUUCCCUCGCUGUCUCGGAUUUUUUAAGAGGAAGUUUCGUCAUGACGAUGGCAAUAAGAAAUACCGCGUGGCUUAUGACGAACAUUCCACGUGCGCCCAAUGUGAGCUUCACCCAGGGCAUGGGAUUCUCUGAGUACUUGUGUCGAUCUCUUGCAAUUGGUACGGUUUACUCGAGCUUCUGUGCCGUUCUCUUUGAAACAACCUCAGUCAUGUCACUCCAGUGCCUGACCUUCCUUUCAGCAGAAAGAUUUUUAGCAUGUAAGUAUCCACAAAGAACAAGCCAAACAUCCGGUGCGGUCAAAGCAGUCAGCUUCGGUAUGUGGGGCAUCGGGCUCGGACUCCCUCUGGUGAUUUUUUUCACCUCUGAAGAGGCACCAGGAUGUGGAUUCUUCGAUCCGUCUACUAAGCUCUUUAUUCUCCUACCUAGAGCCGGAUUUGGCCACGCGCUACACUAUUUGCUUAUAUUCUAUAUGGCUGGGCUUUUUGUGUGCACCGUUUUAGUAUUGUUGAAGACCAAACAAAUAUUCAUUGCAAGUUCAAAGGAUGGCUUGGCAAAUAUCAUGAAGCAAAGUUCACCGUCGCUAGUGAAGCAACGGAAGAGGGAAGACCAUGAUAUCCUGAUGACGAUGAAAAUGAUGCUCGCACUGUACCUUCUGAGUUUCAGCCCGCGCUUCCUUCUGCUCAUACCCAGCCUCCGAAGCGAAGGGCGGUUUUUGCACAUCCUUUUCUGGUGGAUCUUCCUCUUUGACUCAUCCUGGCACUGGUACGUCCUCAAUCUGCGCAGUCAGGUCUUUCAGGAUCAUCUCGCGAGGCUAAUCCUACGGUUUCCUUGGUGGCCCAGGUCUUUCAGAGCCGCGCUGGAGUCCAAGCUGUUACCUGACGCAAAUCUCACUGUGGAGCUGGGUCACAUUUGUCAGAUGAUGGAAUCUGAGAUCAGUGGGAGAUAUCGGAACCACCCAGCAGAAAAUCUUUCAUGAUUGUAUGUAUUACACUAUUGAGUAUAAUCGGUAAAAUAUUAUCCUUGGACUGUGAUGAACAUGUGCUUAUCUUCGGCGAUGUAGCUUAUGAUAGUCUGGUACUAAUUGUAUGAUGACUAAUUUUAGAAAGAUUCCUUAUCCUAAGAAAAUUAACAAUUGGCAAUAGUGUCAUUUUCAAUAUUCUGUACCUGCAGCAGCUCGAUUGAUAAUUAUAGCAUUGAUUAAGUAAUAAUAACAAUGGUAAUUAUAAAAGAUGAUACUGAUGGAAAUUAAAAACAACAAAUAAUAAAAAAAACUAUGAUAACACUAAUUUAAGUAAAGAGAGUAACAUUAACUCUUGAAUAAUGAUUAGCAUUAACUAAUAUUAAUACUACUAAUACAAUCUAACUAAUAAGAACAAAUGCACUGAUUGUGAUAAUGAUCAUGCAGAUAUUAAUGAUGAUAAUAAUGAUAAGAAGGAUAAUAUGAUAAUGUGGUAAUGUUAAUG